CUUCCUCCAGGAUGUUAUGGUAAAAGGAAGAACUCAGGAUGAGGAGUUGUAAUCGUUUUAAGAGUUCUAAAGCAAAUAUCAAUGAAUAAGGAUUGGUUUUACUUGUGUGAAGAAAGCCUGGUCAUGGAUCAGUUUGGAUUAAACUGAAGACACAGAAGCAGAGGGCCUGGUCAGCAUUCUUCCUCACUCCCCCCUUCCCACUGUCAGUUGCAUUUUGGAUAUUUAGCAAAAUAGUUGAAAACUGAGAUCCAGUCUCUGUUUCUUCUCAGCUGGGCUUCCUCAAGAGACAGUUGAUUCAUUAAAGAUGCAGAUUGAAGUGUAAUUGCCUUUAAAAAAAAAAAAGUAAAACUAGUCUUGUUUUAGGAUUUGGGGCAUUGUAUGGAAGGGAGCAAAUAGGAAGACUAAAACACAGGACCAGCCCUUCAGCAUGCCCCACUCCCCCUUGAAAGAAAAAGGAUUUACAGCUCAACAUUGCACCAGCUGUUACCCGGAUUUAGCAGUCAAGAGAGAAAUAAACAAAAUUAAACAACCUCUGCCAGACAGCCCCAGUUCCUUGUGAAAUCAGGAGAAUGUGCUCCUGCAUUAGGAGAGGAAGACUUGGGGGUGGGGCAACUCAUGUACAAGACUGGCAGAUUUGCUAGCAGGAUAACCUUCUGUUGAGCAGCAACCAGCAUACACUGCUUUGCACCAAAAUCAGAUUAAAAAAGAAAUGGAGAAUUGUUCCCCCAAAAUCUGAGUUGGAAACUGCUGAGGGCCUUGUUUUUUUUUUUAAAAAAAAAAUCUUGUGAAGAUUUGGUGUCAUUAUUGACCAACUUUUUGGGAAUGUUCACCUGGCUCAACGUUUGCUUUUAAAAAGUCAAGUUACUUUAUUUGCUACACUUCUCAAUUGUUUGUGACACCUUCCGAAGAGGAUCAGCUCCACAAGCUACUUUUUUUCAAAGUUUGUAUGGUGCAGGAACUUUAGUCGCUGGAACUUUAAAUUAGAACACAGCUUAUAUUUUUUAAGUUUUCUUUGUCCCCCAGAAGUCUUGGGAGAUAGUAUAGAAUUCUCUUGAUUGCCUGCUUCAGCACUUCAGUUCUGAAUAAUUCCUUGUUUCAUUCUGUUACUGGUACUAAUUCAUCUGGAUUACACUGUAAAUCUGAUCUGAUUCUGGUAUAUUUUCAAGAACCUGAGUAACUAUAUUAAACCUUUCCCCUUCACACAGUUGCUUUCCUUUUUGAAGGUCCCUCUCCCCAUUUUCGUGUCCAUUCUGACUCCAGUUGGGCCUGGGCUAUGCUGCAGGGUGGAUCAUCCACCAGAGCUCCAACAUGCCAGCAGCAUCUGGAAAGAGAUUCAAACCCAGCAAGUAUGUCCCAGUAUCGGCUGCUGCAAUCUUCCUAGUAGGAGCCACCACUCUCUUCUUCGCUUUUACGUGCCCAGGGCUCAGUUUGCAUAUCUCUCCAGUCAUCCCCAUUUACAAUGCUGUGGUCUUCCUCUUUGUGCUGGCAAACUUCAGCAUGGCCACCUUCAUGGAUCCAGGCAUAUUUCCUCGAGCUGAUGAGGAUGAAGAUAAGGAGGAUGACUUCCGAGCUCCACUUUACAAGACAGUGGAGAUAAAGGGAAUCCAGGUGCGCAUGAAAUGGUGUGCAACAUGCCGCUUUUAUCGGCCUCCACGCUGCUCCCAUUGCAGUGUCUGCGACAACUGUGUUGAGGAAUUUGACCAUCAUUGCCCUUGGGUGAACAACUGCAUUGGACGGCGCAAUUACCGUUAUUUCUUCCUGUUCCUGCUUUCACUUACAGCACAUAUUAUGGGCGUAUUUGGAUUUGGCUUACUGUAUGUUUUGUAUCAAGUGGAAGAGCUCUCUGGGAUCCGCAUGGCCGUCACUAUGGCUGUGAUGUGUGUGGCUGGCUUGUUUUUCAUUCCUGUAGCCGGCCUUACAGGAUUCCAUGUAGUGCUGGUAGCCAGGGGUCGCACUACCAAUGAACAGGUUACAGGCAAAUUCCGGGGUGGAGUAAACCCAUUUACCAACGGUUGCUGUAAGAAUGUCAGCCGUGUCCUUUGCAGCUCCCCAGCACCCAGAUACCUUGGGCGGCCGAAACCAGAGCAGACUGUGUUGGUGAGGCCACCAUUCCUCAGGCCGGAAAUAUCAGAUGGGCAGAUUGCUGUGAAGAUCAUGGACAAUGGUAUCCAGGCUGAGCUGAAGAGAACGAAGUCCAAAGGAAGCCUUGAAGUGACGGAAAGCCAGUCUGCUGAUGCUGAGCCACCACCCCCACCCAAGCCAGACCUCAGCCGCUACACAGGCCUGAGGACACAUUUAACCCUGGCCACCAAUGAGGACAGCAGCUUGCUAGGCAAGGACAGCCCUCCAACUCCAACCAUGUACAAGUACCGACCUGGAUACAGCAGCAGCAGUACUUCGGCUGCAAUGCCUCACUCCACCAGCGCCAAGCUAAGCCGAGGAGACAGCCUGAAGGAGCCUACCUCCAUUGCUGAGAGCAGCCGAAAUCCCAGCUACCGCUCUGAACCAAGUCUAGAGCCAGAGAGCUUUCGGUCUCCCACCUUUGGCAAGAGUUUCCAUUUUGAUCCUCUGUCCAGUGGCUCCCGCUCCUCCAGUCUCAAGUCUGCUCAAGGCACAGGUUUUGAAUUAGGCCAUCUUCAGUCAAUCCGCUCUGAGGGUACCACAUCCACAUCCUACAAGAGCUUGGUGAACCAGACACGCAAUGGGAGUUUGUCAUACGACAGCCUUCUCACACCCUCUGAUAGCCCUGACUUUGAGUCAGUGCAGGCAGGCCCGGAGCCAGAUACCCCCAUGGGUUAUACUUCUCCCUUCCUUUCAGCCCGUAUUGCUCAGCAGCGGGAGGCUGACCUGCACAGUCGUUUCCCAAGCUCUGGCUCGCCUAAGCAUCAGCCACCUCGUGAUCCUUCACCUGUCCGCUAUGACAAUCUCUCACGCCACAUUGUGGCCUCCAUGCAGGAGAGGGAGAAGUUGCUGCAGCAGUCACCCACACCACCACCCCUGGCCAGGGAAGAGGAUACAGGGCUAGGAGACUCGGGCAUCCAAUCCACACCAGGCUCCAGCAAUGCCCCACGUACCAGUUCCUCCUCGGACGAUUCCAAACGUUCACCUCUUGGCAAGAACCCACUCACCCGCCCAGUGCCGCCUCGCUUUGGUAAACCGGAACCAUCACAUGCACUCAGAGUGCGCUCACUGGGCUCACCAGACCAGCCUGCAGCCCCCCACUUGAGCAAAUCUGUGUCUUACAGCAGCCAAAAACAGUCACCCCAAACCAUCGUCCCAGAGACAGAGGAGGUGGCCUUGCAGCCUUUACUGGCACCAAAAGACGAGGUGCAGAUGAGACCCUCCUACAGCAAGUCCAAUGGACAGCCCAAGAGCCUGGGCUCAACUACACCCACCCCAGGCCAGCCACCUCUCAGCAGCCCCACUCGUGGAGGAGUCAAGAAGGUCUCUGGAGUGGGUGGGACUACGUAUGAAAUUUCUGUAUGAGGAGGGGAAUCUCUCCACUGUCAUCUCCUCCCUGGCUGAUUUCAAAAUGCAUUGUCCCUGGUGAACAAGAAAGAGGGACAUGCUCAGCAGAUGGUUACCCCAUCUCAUGCAUGGACUAUUUUUUUAACAAAUCCAGUUUUUUGAGGUGGGGGGGGGAAUCAGUGGGGACAAUUAUCUUUUUAAACUAAAAUGUCUGGGAUUGGGAGAGUCCCUAAACACUACAGCAGGAUCUCAGCCUUGCUCCUCAGCCUGCACUCUUCCUCUCAACCAGCCAAGAGACUGCAAUUUGUAGCAUACACUGCCGAGAGAGAAGGGGAGGGGAGGUGCGUGCUGUCAGCACUCCUCUGUGGGAGAAGGUGCAAGCUGUAGCCUGCCCCACUACCAAUGGGACAGUCAGUUGUGGACCUCGUGCAAUCACUCGCCUAGUGCGGUAGGAGUGGAUCAUUUUUAAAUUUUUUUUAUUAUUGUUACGGAUUCUAUUUUUUUCCUCUUCUGAGUUACUGGGUGUGUGUAUAUAUAAAUAUCUAUAUAAAAAUAUAAAUAUAAAAAGAAAUUCUAUAUCUACCCAUAUUGAGGGAGGCAGACCCAGGCAGAGCUCAUUGGCAAGGCCUGAGGAAACAUGUAUAAAGCAUUUAAGUUCAUGCGAGUCUAAAUGACUGUAUCAGUUCAGUCACUUGUUUUAUUGGUCAGGCAGCCUAGAGGAUUAAGACACCCCCUGCAAAACAGCCACCCCAGUACAGGUAGGGCUGAGGAAGUGUCUAGCUCAACAUGACAUUUGACCUUAUUGCUAUCUGCCUGGUUAUCCUAGUGACUGUAGCUUACCCUUCCUCUACCAGUUGGCAUGAUCCUGGCUAGUUUACCCAGCUCCUGGCUCAUCCGUUCUAGGACAUGGAGGGGGAAGGACAAAGUCCAUCAUCCUCCUAAUCCCUAUAUACCUGGGCUAUAUCCUGCUGGAAGACUUUUCCCAUAAGUAGAUCCUUCCUUUUUCAAGGGACUUGGAGGUUUCAGGAAAACCAGGAGAGACUUCGAAAUCCUGUGUUUCUGACUUCCAAACAGCCUUAGACUCCCAAGAAAAUUUUUCUCAGUGAACAGAUGUCAUCCACAGCAAGCCAGGCAGAUGAGCACACAAGGCAUUAAUUGUGUAUUAGGGGCACUGAAAGGUGCUUGGAGUGUUGUGCACAGAAAGGGUAGUAGUGGCAUUGGGGCUGGGUCCCUUUCAUGGAAAUAUCACUUGUAUUUAGUAAAAUCUUCUCCCAGGUGGUGUUCCUGCUGUUUUGUUUGUUUUUUACAUUGCUUUUAUGAAUCGCUCCAUAUUGAUUUCUUGUGGUGUCGCAGUUAUUUCCAAAUUGGGCAAGAGAAAGAAAGAGGAAAAAACAGAAAACCAAAAAGCAAUAUUUUUCCAUAUGCCAAAAAUCUCUCUCUACCCAUGAAAAUAUAACACUCACACACAAAGAAUAUUUUUUUUCCAUACGCCAAAAAAUGUCUCUCUACCCAUGAAACUAAAAACCAAACAGGAAUCCCAACGAUUGCCAGGCACUACUGACUCUUUAUGGCAAUAUCUUUACUGUGCUCUCCAUAGAGCCACACUUUUAUUUUUAUUAUGAUUAGCCAUUUUAAAAUGAGGAAUAAAAAAAUAUAAUGAGCCACUC